CCCAAAGAAAAAAAUAUGAUCAGAGUGGAACAAAUCCUAUACACAUUCUCUGUUCCAUCAACACCGACCUCAACUCCACAGAGCUGCCCGCCCCGCGCCUCGUAUUUCGCCUCCGACCUGGACCGAAAGCUGGACACUUCCAUGGCCAACCUGUGCCGGGAUGGUGUCAAGUCCACCAGCAAUUCAAUUAUCAUCAACUCCUUCUUCAAGUGGUUCAGGAGCGACUUCGGUGCCACGGAACAAGAUGUUCUCAGAUUCCUGGCGACCUGCUCCGAUGACCCGGUCAAGAGCAGUGCCCUGAGAGCCGCUGCAGAUGGGAGUCGCAACUACACCUACUCCUUCGAUUGGACUUUUGAUAAUUUAAGUCUUACAGAUAUUUUUCAAGCGCCAUUCCUUAUAAGAAAAUAAGCAAAACGAAGCACAAUAAUACAGAGGGAGAAUGCCAACAACCAAAAGAAAACGACCCUAUGCACAAUUGGUUGUUUUUGUCCGCCGUAACAAGGAAGUGCAUUGUGUGACCCCUUGGAAGAACACCGACCUUGGAAAAUGAUGGAAGACAUCUGAUAAGGUUUAAUGAAGAGGACAAAAGAAAGGAGAAGGAAAAAACAGCAACGCAUAAAUGACGUUGCUGUUGAUGUUAGUAUAUUUACGCAUAUACAUGGGAGAGGUAUUCCACCACAAACACCGUUUCAUGAGGCUUGAGGAAGAGAACCAAAGAAAGGAAAAAACAACAGCAACGCAUAAAUGACGUUGCUGUUGACGAUGGUAUAUUUUCGUAUACAUGGGAGUAUUUCUUCACAAACAUUUUUCUAUGAGGCUUGAUGAACAGAACCAAAGAGAGGAGAAUGAAACAACAGCAACGCAUAAAUGAUGUUGUUGAUGGUCGUAUAUUUAAGAAUAUACAUGGGAGAAGUAUUCUAACACGAGCAUUUCAUGAGAAUUGAUUGAUGAAAAGAGAACCGAAGAAAGGAAAAGAAAUCAACAGCAACGCAUAAAUGAAGUUGUUGAUAAUGCUUUAUAUCUAUCCCACCAAAGACUUUGAUGUGGUU